UGUGCGUAGCCCCGCCCUUCAUAUCGAAUGUACGUAUGUUUUGUAAACGAUCGAAACUCAAAUCGAAAGUUGAAAAGUUUUAUUGAUGAAGACUGCUGUCAUCGUUCGUAAAUAAUUUAUCGUCCGACAACAUUCUAGCAGCAUUCAGAUAUGACACAAAAGCGUGGCCUCAUAACCGACACCUUCAAGGUUGUAAAUAAGGCAAGGAGAGGGGGCAAGAGAGACAAGUGUCCUUCACCGCCAAUCGCAGGUGGGAUAGUACGUUUGUCUUUGAAGCCUGAGCCCCCACAACUGAGUGAAAGAGACAUAGAUCUUCAAGGACUUAAGAAGUUUGAUCUGGAGUGGAAAUUUGGACCAUGCACAGGGAUCAGUCGACUGCAGAGAUGGGAGAGGGCAGCACUGCAUGGGCUGAAUCCCCCGCAGGAGAUUAAAGACAUUUUACUGAAGCAGAGCACUGACCAAGAGUACACACAGAGUCUCUGGUGUGACUAUCCCCUCUGAAAAACUGAUGGAGAAAAGACAGAAAGAUGAGAAAUUUUGUAGUGUUUGAUAUGUUCUACUAUGUUUGCUUUGUUGUUUAUUUCACUACAUUUUAUUAAACAUUUUAUACACAAAA